UUCAGAUAUGCACUGGGUUCCACUGGAGAGUAAUCCGUCAGUCUUCACUAAAUAUGCAUAUGCACUUGGCGCAGAAGAAAAAAUAGCGUACUGUGAUGUUUAUGGAUUAGAUGAGGCCUUAUUGGCAAUGGUUCCCGCUCCUGUCCAUGCAAUUUGUUUGCUAAUGCCUUCUCCAGCUGCCAGAGCAAUGAGGCAACAAUUAGCUGACAAGACAGUCACUGAUCCCAAAAUGUUUCCAGAGGGCUUGUGGUAUACUCAUCAAACAGUUUCUAAUGCUUGUGGUAGCGUUGCAAUGAUGCAUAUAUUGGCCAACGUGAAGCCUUAUGUUCUUUCUGAGGGAUCAAAGUUAGGAUCAUUUGUCAGCAGAACUAAGGGGAUGAAUCCAGUUGAUAUCGCCAAGUCUAUGGAGACCAGUGACGAGUUGGCAGCGGUUCAUGAUAGUUUUGCGCAACAAGGUGAUACUGCGCCUCCGGAGGAUCCAAAAGAAAAAGUCGACGAACAUUUUGUUGCCUUUGUCCCUUUCAACGGAAAAUUGGUCGAACUUGACGGCGCGAAAGAAGGACCUGUUGUGCACGGUGACGUAACUUCUGACACAUUUCUGCUUCAAGCUGCGGAAAUUUGCAAAGAAUACAUGAAACAUUCCGAGGGUAGUCUAAAGUUUGCUGUUACUGCAUUGAUUGACUCUGAUAAACUUGAUGACUAGAUUUUGAAGUGUAUAUGUUAAUGAUGAUUGAAAGAUUAAAUUGUGAAUAUUGACUUUUUUUACUUUUCAAUAUAAUUUUCACCAUUUA